AAUUGUUUUCUCAUUAGUCAUCUUCCCUCAGCCUCGGAUCUUACAUGUACACGUUUCUCUCUCCUCUCUAAACUCUCUCUCUCUCUCUCUCUCUCUCUCUCUAUUCUCUGUCAAACAAACGCCUCUUUUGUAAUCAACCCUUUAUCUCUAUCUAUCUCCUUUACCAGAGAAGAAAGAAGAAGAACAGAAAAAAGAGCUUAAAUUAUAAUCUAUUGAUGUCAAAAGACCAAAUCCGGUUGAAGGUCUUGUGAUUGGAGUAUAUUAUUGUACGUUACAGAUAGUAAAGGGUAUACACUGCUAUAUAUGGAUGAGCUUUCUGGUAAAAGAACUAUUGGAGGGCAUGUCAUUCCUAGAAAGGGAUCCGGUCUUGUCUUGAGAGAUACAACUGAGAACAGGGAUCGAAAUGCUCAAUUCUGCAAUCGACUUGGAUGCAAUGGCAGACUUAACUAUACGAGAGGUUCUCAAAUUGGAAAUUCUGAGAAGCCCAAAUCUUCGAGUGGCAAAGAAAUAAUUGGCAGCUCGGCUAGGACUUGCUCUGUGGUGACAAAAACAAGAAAAUCCUUCCAAGAAUCGAGGAAAAAACUAUCUUCUCAUUUAGAAACAGAUUCAUCAGAAACUAGUAGUGUUGAUGAUGAGUCGAGAGUGUCAGAAAUUAUUCCCUCAUCGGGAAAUAUUCAAAUAGGGCUUCGGUCCAAAUUAAAAUAUGCCGAGUCCCGUGAACAUAGAUUGAUGGAAGUGGGGAGCUCUGGUAUGGCAUCAAAUGGUAGAUCUCCAAGGAUAUUGGGGCAAAAAUCUGUGUUGAGCAGCCAAGACACCCUAUUGGGUUCCUCUAUUCCCUUGGCAUCUAAAAGCGCCCAGGGGGCAAGAAACAAUACUAAUGCAAGUAGAUAUGGUUUGAGAAAUUUAAAAUGCAGUUCAAUAUCUGAUGUUCUUCCUUCAGGUUGUUCAUCAUCAGAACCAAACCUCAGUAGAAGGAAUGGUAUGGUAAAAAAGAGAAAUCCUGAAGGGGAAAGUAGUUCGUCUGCCAGAGGGAAAAAGAUGAUCGGAUCAUCAGCACAAGAGGGGCAUGGUUCCUUUUCUACCAGUGGCAUCUCCAUUUCUGAUUCAAGACGAGCCAGAAAUUGGCCUCCUAGCAGGGAUAAUGGUGUUGUGUCAGUUAGGACUCGGAGGUCAAUAAUUGGCGACACUAGAACCAGGCUUUCUAAUGAAGGAAAUGGGAACAAUGUGUCAUUGAUUGAAUCCUCUGGUAUGAUUCCUCAAAUGCCUCAACCUGAGAUGCAAGUUGGCGUAAAUGUUCCUAGUUCAUUGCUUCAGUUUUCAGUCGAAGCUUCUUCAAGUCAUUCAAAUUUUAAUGGUUGUUCAAGUACUAGUGGUGGCAAUAUGCCAAUUAUGAUGCCAACUGAUCUUGAAGAACAUGGAAUUACCCGUUCUUCAAUGUAUCGUAAUGGCUUGCGGCGAUAUAACAUGGAUGGGAUUGCUGAGGUACUUUUAGCGCUAGAGAGGAUUGAACAAGAUGAAGAAUUAACAUAUGAGCAAUUAGUUGCUCUGGAGACAAAUUUAUUCCUUGGCGACCUUGGCUUCUACGAUCAGCAUAGAGACAUGAGACUGGACAUUGAUAAUAUGUCAUAUGAGGAGUUAUUAGCUCUAGAGGAGAAAAUGGGUACUGUGAGCACAGCACUACCAGAAGAAGCAUUGUCCAAAUGUCUUGAGAGAAGGAUCUAUCAGACUACAUCUCCACGUGAAGGAAUUAUAGGGUGCAACAGAGAUGAAGUUGAUACCAAAUGCAGUAUUUGUCAGGAAGAGUAUGUGGUUGGAGAUGAGGUGGGGAGGUUGGAAUGUGAUCAUGGGUAUCAUAUGGCCUGUAUACACCAAUGGCUGCGGCUGAAGAAUUGGUGCCCAAUCUGCAAGGGUUCGGCAGCACCCUCACAAUCAUCACAAUUCUAAUAGCAAAUAAAAAAAAUUCGUUGUGGUAGUCGUAUCAUUCACUCUGUACAAAUCAUGGGGGACUCUUCAUGUCUCUUUUCUUAUUCUGUUUCUUAUGUACAUAAGAAACCCCUUCCAUCCCAAUUCAACCAAUAAACUCAAGCUCUUCACUCUGUGAUGAUGGGAGCUUCAUACUCCUCUGUAGAACUUUGAAUGAAAGAACUCUCAAAUUUCUACUGUUCAUAUGAAAA